UAUUUUUGUUUACAUUAGCAAAUUAAAAGUGCGUGAUUACCCUCCAAGCUACCCAACCGCAUAGAAAGAUGUCUAAUUCUCAUCUAUUCCUGAAAUCCGGCUUCCCGCGGGCCCCACUGGCCAACGGCAUCGGUCGCUACGUGUGCCAGCUGCAACGGAUUACGCUGAAGUACUGCAAAAACAAUGGCUCCAGCAAGGGAAUGCGUGAGUUUCUCGAGCAGGAUCUACUCGAUUUCACCCGGGCCAAUCCGGGUGUGGUGGUGUACGUUAAACCCCGCCGCCACCGGACGGCUGUAAUGUCGGCCGAGUAUUUGAACGGGGAAAAACAGUGGAUUAACUGCCGCAAUAAUAGUCGUGACGAAAUUCGCAAAUGGGUUGAAGUGUUAAAGACGCAAGCUGGCGGUUCCAGCGAUGUACGGUUACGUAAACUGUGGCACACCGAGGUACCAUCCGUGCAGGGACCGUGGACACCAUUUACCCACCAGCACCCGUCGGCUAAUGUGACCGAGUUUCCGUGUCGGGAGCUGUCACGGUUACAGGUGAAGGAACAGACGGCUACUGAGAAGUUGCUCGAGAUGUACCGGGCGCAGAAGCUUGGCGAAGGGAAAUCGGAACAAGCGUGAGGACACGGAAUACGUUGUAGUUUUUAACUAAUGUUUAGAAUAAAGAAUUGAAAGUA